CUCUGCCCUUCUUUUUGCCUUUUAUAAGGCUGGCCUUUGGUAGCUCCAAGUCCUCUCCCUCUCCCCUCUCUCUCUCUGCUUCUGGUUUGGUUUCGAUCUUGAGGAACCCCCCAAUAAGUUGUAUUUCUCAAAAUGUUGGCCAUUUUUCACAAAACUUUUGCACACCCACCUGAGGAACUCAACAGCCCUGCAUCUUUCAGUGGCUCUAAGACUCCUAAGCUUCCUGAAGAAACACUAAAAGAGUUUCUUUCUCGUCACCCUCACAACACUUUCUCUGUCAACUUUGGUGAAGCGGCUGUUCUAGCUUAUGUUCCUCCUGACCGACCUUUCUCUCUCCACCAGAGGCUGUUCUGUGGGUUUGAUGAAAUAUACUGUCUGUUCUUGGGGAGCUUAAGCAAUCUAUGUGCACUCAACAAGCAAUACGGUCUAUCAAAAGGCUCAAACGAGGCCAUGUUUUUGAUUGAGGCCUAUAGGACACUUCGGGACAGAGGUCCUUAUCCAGCUGAUCAGGUUCUCAAGGACCUUGAUGGCAGCUUUGCCUUUGUUGUUUAUGACAGCAGGGCUGGUGCUGUUUUUGCUGCCUUGGGUGCUGAUGGGGGAGUGAAGCUGUAUUGGGGCAUUGCAGCAGAUGGGUCAGUGGUGAUAUCAGAUGAUGUGGAGGUCAUAAAAGAAGGCUGUGCUAAGUCAUAUGCACCCUUCCCAACUGGAUGCAUGUUCCACAGUGAGGGAGGUCUAAUGAGCUUUGAGCAUCCAUUGAACAAGAUGAAGCCAAUGCCUAGAAUUGACAGUGAAGGAGCCAUGUGUGGAGCCAACUUCAAGGUUGAUGUGUAUACAAGAGUGAACAGCAUUCCAAGAAGAGGCAGUGAAGCUAAUUGGGCUGAAUGGGACACCAACUAGAAGAUACUAGAUACAUCUCAUGUAACUUAGAGAAUAAAAAUUUGUCUUUGCCUUCUUACUUGGUCACCCAAAGUGAGCUCAGAAACUUCUUCAAAUGUGAAUAAACAAAUAAAAUUGAUGAAAACUUGAGGAUGUUCUUAGUGAAUUUGAUGAGAAACGAAGCUCAAAUGUAAGAAACGUUUUAUCAAACACUUGGCCGGCACUA